UCGAAGUUCGGCCUUGACGCUAAUAAUCAAUGUCAAUUUUACAACCAAAUAAAGUGAUAUAAUAAUUGUAAUCAUCCCAAAACAUAAGCUUGAAAAUUAUUUUACAGUUAAAUAGUAGCACUAAAUCAUUACAAUAGGACAAAUUUCCAGUUAUAACAUUUUUUAAUUGACGUUGAUAUGGAGAAAGAAGAUAUAUUUUUGCAAGUAAGUUUAGAAAGGCCUGUUUAUGAACAAGAAGCCUUAAAUAGAGAUUAUCAGUAUGAAAAACCAAAAACACCUGUAUUUCAAAAUGCAAUAAAUAAUAUAAAAUCAACAAAUUGGAAGUCGUAUUUUAUGUCUGCAAUUCCAACUAUAAGUUGGUUAAAAAAAUAUAGAUGGAAAGAAAAUAUAAUAUCGGAUAUAAUAUCUGGUUUAACAGUAGCAAUUAUGCAUAUUCCUCAGGGGAUGGCUUAUGCACUUUUAGGAAAUGUACCACCAGUAGUUGGUAUAUAUAUGGCAUUCUUUCCUGUUUUAGUAUAUUUUUUCUUUGGUACAUCUAGACAUGUAUCAAUGGGAACAUUCGCCGUGGUUUGCUUAAUGACUGGGAAAACAGUGACGACUUAUUCGGUAUCACACAAUGAAAUUAUAAAUCCGAAUGCUACAAAUGCAACGUCCGAUCAUCCCGAAGAAUAUUUAUAUACACCCAUACAAGUAGCAACAGCAGUUACAUUAAUGGUUGGGAUAUAUCAGAUCGUAAUGUAUAUAUUUCAUUUGGGUAUAAUAAGCACAUUACUUAGCGAACCUUUAGUCAAUAGUUUUACGACCGGAGCAGCCGUUUAUGUCUUAACAUCUCAAAUCAAAGAUUUGUUAGGUUUAAAAAUACCAAGACAAAAAGGAUAUUUUCAACUUAUUUUUACAUUGAUAGAUAUAUUUAAAGAUAUACAGAAUACAAAUUUGGCUGCUGUAAUCGUAUCAUUGAUAACUAUUAUCGUUCUUGUUUGUAAUAAUGAAUUUUUAAAGCCUUGGGCAAGCAAAAAGUGCAGUAUCCCAAUACCAAUUGAAUUGAUAGCAGUUGUGAGUGGAACAUUAAUUUCGAAAUAUUUUUAUUUGUCUGAGAAAUAUAGUAUUCGAGAUGUAGGUGAUAUUCCAACUGGAUUGCCAACACCACAAAUACCAACGUUUGAGCUGUUACACUUGGUAGCGAUAGAUAGUAUCGCUAUAACUAUGGUUUCUUACACCAUAACUAUAUCGAUGGCCUUAAUAUUUGCACAAAAACUUAAUUAUAAAAUUGACUCGAAUCAAGAACUUCUUGCUAUGGGUCUGAGUAAUAUAGUGGGAUCUUGUUUCUCAUGCAUGCCAGUAUCAGCAUCUUUAAGUAGAUCUUUAAUUCAACAAACUGUCGGUGGCCGAACACAAAUAGCUAGUAUUGUAUCUUGUUUAAUAUUACUUACUAUUCUGUUAUGGAUCGCUCCGUUUUUCGAACCUUUGCCACGAUGUGUUCUGGCAUCAAUUAUUGUUGUAGCGUUGAAAGGAAUGUUUCAGCAAGCCAAUCAACUUAUGAAAUUUUGGAAAUUAAGUAAAUACGAUGCGAUCAUUUGGAUCGUGACGUUCUUGAUAGUAGUAAUAGUAAGCAUUGACAUUGGUUUACUAAGUGGAAUAAUAUUGUCACUUGGAAUUAUUUUAUUGCAAAGUCUUAGACCGUAUACUUGUUUAUUGGGACAUAUACCAAACACGGAUUUAUAUUUAGAUUUGAGUAGAUUCAAAACGGCAGUAGAAAUUCCUGGAUUAAAAAUAUUUCAUUAUUGUGGAACUUUGAACUUCGCGAACAGCGAUUAUUUUAAAUCGGAAUUAAACAAGUUGAUCGGUAUAAAUCCACAAAAAGUUAUCGAACAGAAGGCUAAGUUAAAAGAAAAAGGGAUUUAUAUGGAUACACAAGAUUCAGAAGAUAUACAAGAGCUAAGGUGUAUAAUAAUGGAUAUGAGCGCGUUAAGUUAUAUCGACUCUAGCGGUGUAAGCACUUUGCACUCGACGAUAAAAGAUUUCCAACAAAUUGAUGUACAUUUUUAUUUUGUUAAUUGUACAAGUCCUAUCUUUGAAACCAUUAAAAGAUGUGACUUGUAUCUACAUGGAAAAUUUACGCUUAAGAUGUUUGCGACUAUACAAGAUGCUAAAACGUAUUUUGAAAAGGAAAUGUGCUUAAGGUAUUGAAAAGGAAACGUUAGAAUGUACUUAUCUUUGGUAAACAUACUUUUAUGUUAUCUUAUUUUUAAUGUGAUAUUGUUACAUGACGUAUUUAAAUAUUGUACUAAAUUUUUAAUAAAUUAUAAUGGUGUUUGAUUGGGAAA